UGAGAUGUGCCGUGAGCGUACGUGUCUGUUCAUGGAUAGGAGAAGCCUACAAACCUUUCAUGCGUUAAUUGAAAAAUUGAUAUGGAGGGAUUUGAGUGUAUGAUAAGGCAGUGGUAGCGUAUCUUUUUUGCAACAAAUUGCAGAGAGAUAUAUCGGGAGGAGAGAGAGAGGACAGUGGGUGGCCACUGUCCACUGCCCAUCUCAAAAAGCCACCCACCCCUACGUUUCAUGCCUUUCUAUCUCUGGGGGUAACUCAUUACCCAAUUCCCAUAUUAAAUCCAAAAUUCUUUUAUUCUUUCACGAUUCUUUCUUCACCUUCUUCUGCCUGUCGCAUUUAUACAAAGUUGGCAAGAGUUUCACAAUCCUAGUUUACACACAAGAUAUUUUAGAGUUGGACAAUGAUUGGAUAUUUGGAUUGAUCGCCUAAAGGAAUAAAUUGUGAAUCGAAUAUUGGAAUGCGAUUUGGUUGUCGACAAAAUUGAGAUCGCGAGCAUUGCUUGAUUAUGGCCUCGUACAAACUCAUCAGAGACGGCGGCGACGAAGGGGCAUUGGAUUUGCGGGCUAAGAAUUGCGCUCUGCGCAUUGAUAGCGGCGGCCAUGGUGUUGAUGUUGAGUCUGCUUAUUUGAAGAGCAAUACGCCUUCUCCUCGUUUGAGGCCGCCGGUGUUGGGCGGCGCUGGCACCGGCGGAAUUGCUAAGUGCACUCCGCCGUCUGGUCGCCUAGUUUCCCUCGACGUUUUCCGCGGCCUCACUGUUGUGUUGAUGAUCAUUGUUGAUGAUGCUGGUGGACUUAUACCAUCUAUCAAUCACUCACCAUGGAAUGGUUUGACCCUCGCAGAUUUUGUUAUGCCAUUUUUCCUAUUCAUGGUUGGUGUCUCACUGGGACUUGUAUAUAAGAAUAUGACUUGCAGAGUUGCUGCAUCCAAGAAAGCAAUAAUCCGAGCAGGAAAGCUUUUAGUACUAGGGAUUUUUCUGCAAGGUGGCUAUUUCCAUGGCCUUAAUAAGCUGACGUAUGGUGUGGACUUGGAACAGAUCAGAUGGAUGGGCAUAUUGCAGAGAAUCGCAGUAGCAUAUUGGGUUGCAGCAAUGUGCGAGAUUUGGCUUAGAAAUGACGAGAAAGUUGAUUCUGGAGUAUCUUUGCUGAAGAAAUAUAAAUGGCAAUGGGCCAUGGCGUUCAUGCUUAGUACAAUAUAUCUUCUGAUGUUAUAUGGUUUAUAUGUUCCCGAUUGGGAAUACCAUAUCCCCUUCGAAGCAUCUUCCAGAGCUGAGGUAUUCAAGGUGAAAUGUGGAGUUCGAGCUGAUACGGGACCGGCAUGCAAUGCUGCGGGAAUGAUUGAUCGUGCAGUUUUAGGUAUUCAACGCUUGUACCGCAAGCCAAUAUAUGCCAGAACAGAACAAUGCAGUAUCAACUCACCUGAUUAUGGUCCACUUCCUCCAGAUGCUCCUUCAUGGUGUCGAGCCCCCUUCGAUCCAGAAGGAAUUUUAAGUACAGUGAUGGCAAUUGUCUCGUGCUUGCUAGGUUUACAGUAUGGACAUGUUAUCGUCCACUUUAAGGAACACAAAAAAAGACUUUCUCUGUGGUCAUAUCCAUCAACAGGCUUUAUGCUCCUGGGAUUGCUGUGUCACGUCUUAGGGAUGCAUAUCAACAAGGCUCUUUACUCCUUCAGUUAUACAUGUGUUACUGUUGGCGUCGCAGGGAUUCUACUCGCUACAAUAUAUCUAGUGGUAGAUGUGCAUGGAUGGAAGCGGUUCACCACAGUGCUUGAAUGGUUGGGAAUGAACGCGCUGCUGAUAUACGUUCUUGUAGCGUGCAAUAUCUUACCUCUUAUUCUACAGGGGUUUUACUGGAAGGAACCUCAUAACAACAUUCUGACGUUGAUUGGAAUCGGGAAACAUAAUCAUUGAGCAGUUUGCUUCUUGGUGAUACGUUGCGGCUGGAAGAUUUUGUGUCAUCGAUCAUCUCUUUCCACUGGGCAUAGUAGACCAGUGAAGGGCGUGGGGAAAGAGGCAGUGCAGCAGCCAUUUGUGUGGAUGCUGCAACCACGCAUACCGAAUUCAUGUACAGACACUUGUUAUACAUAUAUCGUAUAAUCAAGAGAAAGAAAUCGGUAAUUAGACUGAAUUUUCUCUGUAGAUGAGAUACAGGGAUGAAUUAUACAUACUGCUACUCGGCUAAUAUUCAAGCUCUAUCAUAUCUCCGAUUCAAGUAAUAAUCACACACAAGGAUUUGCAUCAA